AUGUCGACCAACGCGAAAUUGGAUCGGCGGGUGGGUCGGGUUUCAGGCAACCUAGAGGACACGUUCAAUUCUCGUCGUCUCGGACGACGUUGUGUGAAUAAACGAGCCAUAAAGGCUUUUAUGGAAAUGGCAAUUGUUAUUGCCAACCAUCAGGAGGAAUCAGGCAUGGAUCCAACAGAUGUUUGGAUUAAGAAGAAUGAUAAUAUCUUCUUCAGUUGGCAUCGAGUGCUAUUUGUUAAUGGACGAUCCGUUGGGCCUGAAAUUUUGGCAGUUGACUUUGGUCCGGAAGGAGGGGCGUUCCUGUGUCAGGACAUCUGCGGCAAGGAGGUGAGGGGUGCCGGCAGCUACGGGUGCCGCGUGACAUUUGUCGGGACGACGCUGUUCCUGGACUGCGUCAGGCAAGCGGACUUAAAGGAAGUGAAGCUGUUGUCGCCAACGGUCUGCGUCGGGCGUCGGGCUGACAUGGAUUGUGUCGUGACGCCAUGGAGGUGGUGCGAGGAAGUUGUGCCGGCCGAACCGGAGAUCUUGACAGCGGCAGUUCCGCUGGUGGUUGUGGCACCGACGGCCAACCUGGCGGUCAUCCACGUGCUGGCAAGCAAAAUGCCGUACGUGGUUUGGGUGCCGCCCUUGACGCAGCAAAGCGUCAUAGUGGCCCAUGAGGUGCCGCAGGUUAUUAAGGCGCUGUUGUCCACGCCCAAAGUGAUUGUGAACAUCAAACAUGGUGUUGCCCACGUCAAAGCGGAUGUGGACCCGUGGACCGCUUUGGUCUUGGUUUUCAUGGGCCUUGGAGGUGCGGGGGCUACGUCUUUGGCUGUAUUUUUGGUUUGGCUGGUCAAGUUCAUAAGGAACAAGUCAUUGUACAUGCGGGAACUGGUGCGGAUGCUGACGCCGGAGGAUCAGCAGGAUCCAGAAGCCUAACCAGUGGUGGAUCUGCUGGAGCUGGAAGAGGCGGAUAAAACCGUUGAAGAAAAGAAGGAGGGAGAACUGGUCCUUGAGGACAACAACCCCUUCAAAGAAAUGUUGAACGCGUAAAUGUUUAAGAAACGCGUCAAAAGAGAGUGCC